AUGGCUCUACGGUUCCCUCAUAUCUACCUUUUGAAAGUUGGCUUUGAACGAAGAUUGGAAGAACUUCGUGAUUUGGAGAAGAAGAUUGAUGUCGUUUUUGAUAUUACAGAAGCUCAAUUGGUUCUUGGAAAACUGAAGAGUGAUCGUCGUGCAGAAAGCGACCUUCGUCACUUAGGGUUGAAGACAGAAAAUGUGGUCAACAAUGACAACCAAAUCACAUCUCACGCUCGAAAACGGAGGAAAGUGACGAAGAAUGGUGAUGACAAAGAUGUCAUCAAUCUGGAUUCGAAAACCGAGAGCGAACAUCCCGAUUCAGUCUCCAUUGCGCAACUUCCUACAGCUUCGAAGAUUGGGAAUACUAUCAAAGUCCUGCGACUCGCUUGGUAUAUCGACUCAGUCGAAUCAGGAGAGCUGCUUCCGAUGAAUGAUUAUCUGGUUUACGAGGGGAAAAUCACCGAAAUCCAGAAACCUCCCAAGGUCUCACCGAUUGAAAGAAAACAAGACUCUCCGGCAGAGAUCCUCGCUCGUGCAAAGGCUGAUGAACCUUCAUCUCCCCCGAAGACUUUCCAUCGACAAAAAAGAGGGGUCGCAGAAACGAAAACUCGCCCAUCUCAACCACAUUUGUUGCAGGAGACAACAGAGGAUCACGAAUAUGCGGCCAAUAUGCCUCCCUUACCGGAGUAUAUGAAGGCCAGAUAUUGUUGCCAACGCCCCUGCUUUUCUCAAACUCCAAACGAUGCCUUUAUUGCUCAAUUGAGAAUAAUCGGCAAAGCUCGUACAUUGGCAGGCGAGGCAGAGGUAGGCCACGCGCAUGCCCCGAAAGCAUACAAUGCCGCCGUCGCAGCACUCGCAUCUUAUCCACAUCCCUUGAAAUCGUAUCAAGAAGUUCUCAGAAUUCCAGGAUGUGGUCCUACCAUGGCACGGUUAUUUCAAGAGUGGGAGGAAACCGGCAGCAUCCAACAAGUCGAGGAGUUUGAAAAUGAUGAACGAUUUCGUGCGCUUGACAUCUUUAGCGGAAUCUUUGAUGUGGGUCCAGAGGUAGCAAAACGCUUCUACAGCAAGGGAUGGCGAGAUUUAGAUGAUGUCGUGAAUUUUGGAUGGAAAUCUUUAACGAAAGAACAACAAAAAGGCGUCAAAUUCUACGAUGAGUUCGCAGAGCGCAUUCCCAGAACUGAAGUAGAGGAACUCGCAAACCACGUCUUGGAUCACGCGAACAAAAUCCACCCGGGCUGGCAAAUGGCCAUCUGCGGUGGUUACCGACGAGGAAAAUCAGAUUCCGGGGAUGUAGAUGUUAUCUUAAGUCACCCGGAUGAGAGCGUCACGAAUUUCUUCCUGGAUGAGAAAUUACUGCAUAGUUUAGAAGCCGACGGCAGUGUUACACACACUUUACGACUGUCUACACGGACUAGCGAGAGGGGUCAAGAAACUCUACCUCCCAGGAACUCAAGGACUGGUGGGCGCGGCUUCGAUACUCUCGACCACGCAUUCGUCGUCAUGCAGAAGCCUACUUGGCCUACUCAAACCGAGGAUCUCGCCCUCAACCCUGAAGCCAAAAACCCCAAUACUCAUCGCAGAGUAGAUCUCAUUGUCUCGCCAUGGAAGACAGCCGGCUGUGCGGUCAUGGGAUGGACGGGAGGAACGAUGUUCGAAAGGGACUUGAGGAAAUAUACCCGGGACGAACUGGGGUGGAAGUUUGAUAGCAGUGGUAUCCGCGACUUGAAGACUGGUUCUUGGAUUAACUUGGAAGAAGGGGGAGAGGAUAUGUUGGCUAAGGAGAAAUUGGUGUUUCAGGGGUUGAAGUUGGAGUGGAGAGAGCCGACGGAAAGAUGUACUGAUUAA